AUGCAAACAUGCCAAGCAUUUCAUUUCUACAGGCAGGUACAAAAGCCAGCAACUCACGUUCAACGACGAAUUUCCACGAUACGGAAUGGAAGACAUCCGGACUUGCACGGCCGUCGAAGCUUGUCACAAGCUAGCUUUCCUAUCAGUCUAUUGGCAUCUAGUAGUAAUGACGAUAUUACCGAACAACUUUCUUCGCUAUACGAUGAAAUCACAAGACUGAACAAUGGAUCACCUGUGAAUGUCAGAAGUCCAAAACAAGUGUCGACUGCCAUUUUUGGAAGUCCUCAGACGGCCACAAAAUCGAUACUGAUGCAGGUGGCCAAUGCUGGCAAUGACAAUUAUUCAGCUUAUAGCGAUUUAGAAGAGGAAAAGAAGGAGCUUGCACGAUUAGUUUUGGAGUAUCGGGAGUUGAUGAAUCAUAGCAGGGCCACUUCAGAAGUUAAUAACGAUUCUGAUCCGAAUGAUAUGCUCAAGGUAGCCAGCGAAAAUCUGGAACAAGCGGAAGACUCCUUGAAUUCAGUGGAUGUGCAAGACACGCAAAAUAAAAUGGUGACUACAGACGAUCUUGUGGAAUCCUUCUUCUCCGCAAAACAGUCCAAGAUUGAUCCAUAUUGGAAAGAACCACUUUCUAAGCUGUCCAAGUCUACCGCCCGAGCAUUGCUCGAACAAUUGGACCCAUUCCAAUGUCCUAUGGGUUAUGAUCCAAGCGCAGUCCCUCGUGGAAGUAUCAAGAAACCAGCUGCCACAACAACGGCUGGAAAGAAAGGAAGCUUUCUAUCGUUUUGUCGCCAACAAAAGCAAGAAUACCCCCAAUGCGUUCUUCUUGUCCGGUGUGGUGACUUUUAUGAAACCUUUGGUCUCGAUGCGAUUAUGUUGAUCGAGCAUUUAGGCCUGAAUUCGAUGGCUGGCAAGGCAAGAGCUGGCUGUCCAUACCGAAAUAUUCAGCCCACUCUAAAUGGACUGACGCAGGAAGGAUUUACAGUGGCAGUGUUUGAAGAGACUGGAUCCGUGGGAAACAACAAGCUCAAGUCACGAUUCCUUUCGCAGAUUGUUUCCCCUGCCUCACCAACGUAUUUGUAUGACAAUUGGUUGCUGGGAGGAGGGGAUCACACCCAACAUGGUUCGCUGGAAGGAUUGCCUCCUUCGAGGCCAUGCGUUGGGAUUGUGCAAACUGCAGCUGGGUACAACUUAGUCGAAGUUUCGCUGGAGGAAAGAUCAGUGGCCUACUCCGAACGGUUGACUGCAGAAGCCGUGGCUUGUCGCCUCGCGGCGUAUCCUCCAGCCGAUCCAUUGAUCUUCAUACCAUCUACUGCUAUGGAUCAUGUAGCGUCGAAAGGACAACAGUUGCCCUUCCUAUCAAAUGCAAGAUCUACGACAAUCGGAAGUGACGGUGAGCAAAUUGUUGAGUCAUCAAUGGGUGGGUAUCGUCUUAGAACUCGGAUAUUACCUGCGCACUUGAUUCAGAAACCAUUGGAAGGGAUUUCGGACUCGGAUCGAUACAUCAAAGCUGUGGUUGAUAAUUUGGUGGACAUUAACUGGGCGCACUUUGAUCAGACUGAAAAUGAUGAGGUAUCCAACGAUCGACCCACUGUUGACGACUUUGUUGUUUCCUUGGCGUCCACUGCAACAAACCCACUUUAUGUCGAAACAGCAAACCAGCUGGGGCUUUUAGACAAUCCCAGUAUUCCGUCUCUGGCAUCUUACGUUUUAGACGAAGCAGCACCUGCCCCCACGCGGCAUUUCCUCAAGCGAUACCUCCUCGUGCCUCCACCUCCGUCGAUUGCCAGAUCCAUGUCAGAAUUAGUCGAAUCGCUGUUGAAUCCAUAUGCCAAUCCACUUCCCCCAUUGACAGUCCCACCCAUUGGAAAGGUUCUAAGUCUGAUUCGCGCUGGGCAGGCAUCCGCCAACAUCUAUGGCGAGCUGCUUCAAACUCUGUCCAAUGUCGAACUCGUUCUCGCUGAGAAAAAUGGUGGACUUCCGACAGCAGCUCUGUUGGCACUCUGCGAACACGAAAGUGGCAUCCCUUGCUCAAGAGACUCUCUUGUUCAAAGGUGUAAUAAUGCAGUGGCUGUUAUUGAAUCUGUGAUUAGUUCCAUCUACCAUGUCACCAAUUCCGGUGUUUCGGAAAAUGAUCGUUUUGACUCAAUUACCAUGGACGAUUUCGUUUCUGAUGCCUUUUUCGAACGCAAUGAGGCACCUUGGCGUGGAAGGAUUCAACGAAAAGUUGCAAUGAAAACCUACAGUAGAGUUGAAAAUGCAGCACAGAAUUUCCGACAUGCGUUGGCUAGUGACUUCAUAUCGGAUUCGGCUUCCAACAAAGCGCUCAUCAUUCACGACUUUUACAACAACUUGAUCGCACUCAAACAAAUACCCAACACCCAUCUCAAGAAAGAAGACUACUUUCAUCCAAAGGAUAGGAACGGAAAGCUGCUGCGCAAUCGGUACACCACCACCAAAGUGCAAACUGCACUUGACGAGUAUAUUGCUGCUUGUGAUCAAGCCUGCGAGGAAGUUUCAACUAUCCUCUCAAACCUAUCGAAAAACAUUCAAGAAGAGGGACACAUUCCAGCUAUCGUCCAAGCGUCGCAUCUAAAUCUUAUUCUUUCUACAGCAUACCAUCAUGCAGUCAAGGCAUCCAAACAGAAAUGGAAUCUUGCCGAAGUUUUGGACGACACUGAAGAAUCGAAUAUUGCUGAAACAGGAACUAUGCAUAUGAAGGACGUUUGGCCAUACUGGAUGCCAAAAACCCAAGCAGUACCGAAUACUUUCGAUUUAAAUGGUCUCUUUCUGCUUACAGCUCCAAACAUGAGUGGUAAAUCUACCAUAAUGAGAUCCACUGCGGCCGCAGCUCUGCUUUCCAUUUGCGGAUUCUGUGCUCCUCUCAGCCGUGGUUCCAGAAUUCCACGAUUUGACACCCUUUUCCUGCGAGGUGCGUCUGCUGAUGUACCGACGGAAGACAAAUCUGCAUUUGGUGCAGAAAUGGGUGACAUUGCUGCCUUGAUGCGAUGCUGUGGACCGAAGUCCUUGAUUUUCGUCGAUGAACUAGGCCGGGGCACUUCGCCGAGGGAUGGGACAAGAUUGGCGGGAGCAGUUCUUGAGGCCAUGGCACAGCAACGAAUGAAUGGUAUCUUUGCUACACAUUUGCAUGAUAUUUUGGACCUUCCUUUGAAUUGGAAGGAUCGAAUAGCGAACAAGCGCCUCGCUUUAGAGGAGGACGAUGGGUCAUACAAGUGGACCUAUCGAUUAGAGGAUGGGGUUUGCAAAGAUUCGUUGGCGCUGGUUACUGCUGCUCGAUUCGGAGUCCCCGAUGAAAUCAUUCGCCGAGCUGAAGAGUUGGCUCAGUACUUGCCGGAGGCUGGCAAUGUUGCCAUUCCCCAGAUCGAAGGCCAGGAUGCUGCUGACCAACCGACAACACACCAGCAAGGACGAUCCACCGAAAGCGCCACUACAAAGCAAGAUGACAUCGAAUUCCGACGAGCAAUCGAUAUGGCCGAAGAAUUGACUGGGCAGCCAUCGAUAUCAAUCCCUCCUAGAUGGAGUGCACCACCAGCACUCUGCAGCAAUCAGUCAUGCGUAUAUGUGAUGGAAUUGAAUGCAAACCCGCCAAGUUACUACGUUGGAGAAACUGAUUCCUUAUCGCAACGGCUGAAGAAACAUCGUAGCAAAGGCGCAGCCUGGUCCUCGGCUCGCGCAGUUGCCCUUCCUGUUUCGGACAAAUCCGAAGCGAGGGCAUGGGAAAGUCAACUGAUCCAGAAAAUGGUCCAGGCUGGCUUCCGAAUGGAGUCGAUCACUGACGGCAGAGUCCUUCGACAUCUGUAA